AGGAAGAAGUACAAAAAACCCCGUCUCAGCACCUCCAUUGACAGACCUGAAGCUAUGCUUCGUCGUCAAAACCGUUCAGCACCUCCUCCUUCGGACUUAAAGUCUCUGUCUUUAAGCGUUUUCUUCAGAGGGUGGAGGCUCCCGAACAGAAAGUUCAAGUCUUGGGCUCUCAAAAUGUCUUCUUUGCACAAACCCACAUGGAUACAAGCUGGCGUUUUCGAAGCAAUCAUGUCAUCCACAAAAGGAAUCAGUAAAGACACAGAUCUCCUUCUGGGUAUCGCUGAGAAAUGGUGUUCAGACACCAACACUUUUUUCUUCCCUUGGGGCGAAGCAACCAUAACACUAGAAGACGUUAUGUUCCUUCUAGGCUUCUCUGUUCUGGGCUCCCCUGUUUUCGCCGCUCUCGAUGAAUCAGGAGAGAGGGUUAAGGAGAAAUUGGUGAAAGAUAGUCUGAGGAUCAAGAAAGAUAAUAACUUUGUGUUUGUUAGUCAAGUAGAGUGGAUGAGAAGAUUCAUGAAUGAUGAUGAUGAGCUUGAGCAUGUGGCUUUCCUUGCGUUGUGGCUAAGCUAUUUCGUGUUUCCGUCUGCUUAUUAUCAUAUAGAUGAAGUAGUUUUCUCUGUUGCUGUUCAUGUAUCAAGAGGGACUAGGAUAGCUCUUGCUCCUGCUGUUCUUGCUCAUCUCUACGCAGAGCUAACUCUUUUGAAACGCCACAUUAGAGAGUUCAUCACCAUAGAGGACAAGAUUGAACUGAAGAGGUUGUUUAAGUUGGUUCAGGUUUGGACAUGGGAGAGAUUCAAGGAGCUGCAACCCGAAAAGGCUAACCCUUUGCUCAAAGGUGAACCGAGAUUGAGUAUUUGGUGUGAUGAUUCGACUCAAAAGAGAAGUAGCAAUGUGAGAAAGGUUCUCGAGGAGGCGAAAGUGGAGAGCUUUGAGUGGCGUCCUUACACAAAGGCUUUGGAGAAUGGGAAGUUUCCUCUGUUUUACCCUGAGGAAGCAAUGUGGGUUCUUGUUGAUAAUGAUCUUGACGAUGAGUUUGUCUCUUUUGCUCGAUGUGUCAAAGUGUCUAAGCUUGUUGGGAUUGAUUGUGUGGAACAUUACUUCCCCAAUAGAGUGGCUGCACAGUUCGGUUUGAUUCAGGAUGUUACUUGUCAUGUUGAGAGGAAGAGCCUCUCAAAAGAGGCAGCUUGGGAUGAGUACAACAAACCUCUUGAUGAAUUGACGUUGUACAUCCCUUCACGUUGUGUUAUACCUUGGUGGAAGAAGUCUUCUUCUGAAUGGUGGAAGAAGUUAUCUCCCGAGGAGAAUCAAGCUGUUGAAUCAUUGACACCAAGACACAUCAUAGGUGAUGAUGAUGAUGAUGAUACAUCUGAUUCUGUUCCUUCAGGUUGUAAGAGAUGGAAGUCAAUGAAGCGAGUUUAUGAGGAUGAUGAAGAUGAUAGCCUCACUAUUGCUCAAGUAAUGAGACUUAGAAAGAAGGAUACUUAGAAAGAAGGAUACUUCAAAGGUAAUGUCACUAAGUGAAGUGCUUAAAAAGAUGGGAGAUGGGUUUCCUGAAAAGCUCAAAAGGUCUAGAUAUAUUAGAACAAGGAGAAGUGUGAGAUCAGAGAUAGAGAAAGGCAAGAUAGGAGAUUGCGGUGGAUCAGCUUCAAGAGAAGUGCUACUUGAUGACUUGUUUGACAAUGAACUAGUGAAGAGGAAAAGUGAGUAUUUGGGAAACAAGCGAGCUCGUGAGGAAGAUGAUGAAAGUUGUUAUGAUGACAUUACCACUGCUGAGAUGAUCAGAUGAAACUGUUGUAGUAACACGAGAAAUCAAGCAAGAAGAAGCAGAUACCGGAAGCAAGGCAGCUAAUGAGAACAACUCCUUAGAUCCUCCUCUCGUGGAAACUGUUGUGUCACCACAUAAGACAAGACAAAACUGUGAUUAUGAGGUUAAUUUAAGUGGAACCAAAGCUGAGAAGAAGAAAAAGAGGACUAUGGUUGGUGAUGGAACCAAGGAAGCAAAGUGUUUGCUCCAUGAAGGUGGAGAUAAUCAGUUUAAGAUGGAAGAUGAUGAUGAUGCUGAUGAAAGAUUGAAGCAAAGAAACAAUGCAAUAAAUGAGAUAGCAUUGACACUAGAGGCACGUAUGAUGAAGGUGAGAAGACUUUGGCAGUGAUUAGAGAAUGGAAAACAAUUUAUACUAUACUAAAAAGGGAAUAUGGUGCAAGGAGAAGCAUGCCACAUAGGAUUAAAAAAUCAUCCAAUCACAAUACAAUAUUUCAUAGCCACUUACCAUGUCAUACGUAAAAAAAUGGGUCAAAGAUUUCUGCAUAAAUGGGCCACAGAAAAAACAAACCCAUCUCUUCUUUCCUCUUUCCCCUUUCAUCAUGUCGCCUCUUUUGUACCUGAAAACCAGACGUCGCUGUAACUCUUCUUUUCCCCGUAGUUAAUUCGCCUCCACAUUACUACUCAUUAAACUCAAUCCUUUUACAUCAGGCAAUGGCGAUAAGAUCGGAAAAAUCCAGCAGCAAGUCAGAUUACAGCGGCAAAUCCAGCUCAAAAUUUUCUCUGUUCUUUUUUGUACAUUUACUCAGAUUAUAAUAGAUAGACUGUGAUGUAUGCCUAUUUUUCGCUUCUUUGCAGAAUUGAUUGUAAGAAAAGAACUAUAUUUUGAGCUUAAUGGCAAACGCGGCAUGCUCCAGAUUUGGGACACGGCUGGUCAAGAACGUUGUUGAAUCAUCACCACUGCUUAUUACGGAGGGGCAAUGGGAAUUUUUGCAGCUGGAUGAUGUCACAGACGAACCAUCCGUCAACAGUAGUUUUGCUGCUGUCUAAACAUGACAUCUUUGGUCUUACAUUUCUGCUUUGUUUUUGAACCUGUUUUCUUGAUCUUAUUGCAAAGCUUAAGAACUGGAUUCGUAAUAUCAAACAGCCUGCUUCAGAUAAUGUUGAGAAGAUAUUGUUAGGGAACAAUCCCCGCAGUAACGCGAGUGCAUUCAUACUGAUUUACAACUUCAUGAUUCACGACUAAUCAAAUUAAUAGCGUUUUUGACAACUUUUUUUGCAGACUGCCAAAAUCAAUAGGUCAAGCACUUGCUGAUGAAUACAGUUUUUUUUUUUAAAGUAAGCCAAGCAUUGUCUUAUCAGAUCAACUUAGACUACUACAUUGUUCGUAUUCGUUUUGCGAGUUUCAGAAUACUUUUAUGGUUAAAACAGAUAAGGGCCAGAAUCUCUGGUUUUGAGCUUUCGGUGUACUGAGAAAUAUGUGACACAAGAGAAAGUGAUGGAGUUUCUUCUGUCUAGGUCAGAGGAAUUGAAACAAAGAGGAAUGAAUAUGUCAAUGCUAUCUGAAUUGAUGGAGCUAGAGCCUGUGAAAUCAAGUUCUCAGCUAAACCAUAUGGUGAGUCAUGGGUUAUUUACCUGAAUGAAGAAUUAGGGAAGUCGGUUUUGGAUCUGGUGAAGAAUAUUAUGGAUACAAAUUUCUCUAUGAAAUUGAGUGGUCAUGUUCAGUUCUCCUCAAAUAGCAAUGUUGCGUUGCAUGAUCUUCUUUUGAUUGCUUCUGAGUUUAAUUUGACAUAAUAUUAAGAAAAAUGGAGACAGUUCUCACCGCUUAUCCUGCAUUUUCAGAUUUUUUUCACCGAGCUUUAACCCUUUUUGUUUGCGAUUUGAUUCUCAGUGGUUAAAGUUGUUUACUCUUUCAUUUUAGCAGGUUUGACAAUGAAGUAUUAACACAGGUUGUAGUACUAGCACCUUCUAAGAGGUAAAUUUAUUUUACUUUGGCAUUUACUGCAGUUAGUGUUCUCAUAUUCAGACAACUUUUUUUUUAUUCCAAAAGUCCUGAAAAAAACAGGCUCAAGCCUUCACAAAAUAAACAAAACAUAAUCGAAAAGCUACGGAGAGAGACCUCUACAAGAGGAACCUUCUGUCUUUGUUGAUAGGCAAUGAUCAUCAACACAAACGAACAACAGUACUCUCUAUACAUAGAUCAUGCGGAGAGAUCUCAGUGUUUCUUACUCAGUUGCCUAUCAUCCUCGAACUGGAAUCGAUGUGCUCUCCGUGUUAGUCAGAUUUAUCGGUAAAUCUGCAACCUUUUCUGAUAUCUAUGUUUACUUGCAGGUUAUGGCUUCUAGAGAAUGAGACACAAAUUAAUCUCUGAGGAAGCAAAAGCCACGACCAAGUUCUUUAUUUCCUGAUCUGAAACAUCUUAUAUCGGUAUAUCCUAUGUAAAUUAUUUCUCUCUGGUGACCUGAAGAAUAUAUAAUUUGUUUUGGUGUUGUGAAUAACAAAACAGCCGGUGAGGUUAUUACUGCAUGUGAAGUUGAGUAAAAGAAGACACGAUUUGUAAUAAGGAAUGAUCAAAACAUAUUUAAUGAUAAGACAAUUGGUGAUGCAGUAAGUAGUUCUUUGUUUACUUUUUUACUAUUCGAAAUAUUAUUAUGUUUUUGUGCAGUCUUCACGUAUCUGUAAAUGAAAUUAGAAGUUGUACAAUAAUAAAUUAAAAUCAGUUUAACUGUUUGGUAAGAAUAUGAUUUGGCAAAUUAAGUACUUCAGUUAAUACCACAGAUACAAUAUUUAGAUGCUAUCUGUAAACACAGACAUAUUCAAAUAAAUGAAAUCUUAAAAAAUAAUAAGUAUCUGUUAUGACACAUUAUAAAAAGGGCAUUUCACAAUUUAAAUUAAAUUGAAAAGUCAUUUAAAUUGCUUACUGUAAAAAAUGCAUUUACUUGACUAAGUUGUGGUAUAUCUUGAUCAUCUAACCCUUUUCUAUGUUAUUUGAUCCUGGAAAUGCCUCCCCACAUUUAUUCAUAAUCUUAUCUAUCCAAUUAAAAAAAUUCAAUUAUACUAGAAGUAACAAAACAAAAUAUUUAGUAUUCUUUUAUAGAUGACCAAACCAUCUCUAAAUAUUUUAAUCCCAUCAAAACUAAUACUAAAUAACAUAAAUAUUCAACACAAAAAACGGAUGCCUCUUUAGGGAUGUUCAAUCCGAUAAAAACGAACCAAUUAUAAACGAACCAAAUCGAAAGAGAGAAAAUAAAUUGGAUUUGGUAAUACUGAAUAUAUCAAAUGAAUGUUAUUUUUAUGAAAUUAUGGUAUAUAAACCGGUCAAAUCGAAUUAACCGAUCAAUUAAAAUAUAGUAGUAUAAUUAUGUGUAAAUUAUAUAAUAUAACUAAUAAUAUAUACAUAAUUUAUUUUAUUGGUAUGAUCGUCAGACCUAAAAUGUUGAUUUUAGUAAUUUAAUAUUUUAUUUUAAAUUAAAAUUUAUUUUCAUUUUUAACAAGUUAAACAAAACAUAAGUUUUAUUUUUUUGUUCCCAAAUAUGUGUGCUAAUAUUUAGUCAUUUAAUAAUAUUAUGGAUUACUAAAUUUGCAUUUAAAAGAGGAGCAUAAUAAUAAUAAAUUUUACUCAGUAGAGAUAUGCUUAUAGUAGCUCUUUUUCGAUAACAAUGAAAUAAAGUGUAAACCGAUCUUGAAAUUAAAUAUGCUAGAUUAGCCAAAAACAACAUAAUUUUAAUAUGACACCAAAUAUUAAGUAAGAAUUAAAACAUUAAUAAAGAUAAAUACUAAUAAUAACUAUUAUAUUAAUAUUUAAUGCGAAAAUAUCAUUUGAUUUUACUAUGAUAAAUAAUACGCAUUAACGUAAAAAAAUAGCACCUUCAUAAAGUAUUUAGGUCAAAUAAUUGUCAAAAUUUCAAAUUAGUAGAAAAUGAAAAAAAAUUAUCUACAGAUAAAGGAAACUGUUGUUAAUUUUAAAUUGUGUGAUACAAACAUAAAAUAUAUUAGAAAUAGACAGGUAUAUAAUAUAUGAGAUAAAUAAGACUAAUAAAAACUAUGAAAAACAAAAGUAAAAUUAUAUGUACAAAUUAAAGUA